AUGGAGAUAGGCAUCAUCAUGUCGAUCACGAUGGAGAAGGACCGCCACGUCUGCGAGGAGUUGGAGCCGAGGGUGAACUAUGACAAACUGGUGGGUGACGGAGUCUACAGAGACGCGUACACAGGCGAGGACUUGUUGAAGGAGCUGGUCAUCAACGGCAGGACGAAGGAAAUGAAGAGCAUGGAGGUGUUUGAGGUCUUUGAGUGGGUACCACUUGAGGACUGGAUGAAGCCGUUCGACACCAAGUGGAUCGACAGCAAGAAGUACGACUUACAGAACCACGAGUGGAUCGUGAGGAGCCGAUGUUUUCACAGAAGGUAUAGCGACGGGACCGACCCCUCGAAUUUCGCAGGGACACCCGCACUAUGGGCCGUUAAGCUGGUGAUUUCGAGAGCAGCUUCAACGAGAACGACUGAGUCGAGGAGGAAGAAGUUUGGUCUAUAUGACAUCUCAGUGGCGCUCUUUCACGCGUCGCUGAAGGAGCCCCAGUACUGCUGGCCGCCACCUGAACAGCGACGACCAGGGAUGCUUUGGAAGUUGCAGAAGGCGAUGUAUGGGACGCCAGAGGCGUCGAUGUUAUUUCAAGGAGAAGUUCGAGAUAACUUCAGACAGAACGGGUACGAGGAGUUGAAGACGGUGUGCUGCUUGUACUACCAUCCUGGCAAGGACUCGCUCUGUGCUGGACACGGAGAUGAUUUUGUGGUGGAGGCUUACGACGAGGAGCUGGAUGAGUUCGAUAAGCUCAUGGCCAGUAGGUUUAAGGUCAAGCCUCAACCGAGAGUGGGGCCAGGAGGAGCAGCUGAAGGUACGUUUCUCAACAGAACGGUGCUUUGGGGCGAGGAGGGCUUCGGCAUUCUACCAGACCCGAAGCUGAUCUUGAAGAUGGUGGAGUUGUACGAGCUGAAGCAGGCCAAGCCCGCAGAGACACCGAGUUCGAAGCACACUGCCAAGGGAGUUCGGGAUGCUGAAGACCCAGUAGGACGACAGAGCUCGAUGUUGUACAGGAGUUGCGGUUGCAUUGCACAGUAUAUGGCUGGGGAUCGUUGGGAUAUUCAGGAAGCAGUUCGAGAGCAGAGUUGUUCGUACAAUGACCCGCGAGUGAAGCACGGACUCAAGCAGAAGCGUCUGGUCAGGUAUUUGAAGGGCACGGCCGACAUCGUGAUAUUCUACCCGUAUCAGCAGGAGACGUUCAAAGUAACGGCGUCGGUGGACGCGGACUGGGCAGGACAGGAGGCGACAUGCAAGAGUAUCUCAUCAGGUGGAGUUCGACUAGGAGCCCAUCUACUGGAGAGCUGGGUACUAUCUCAGGCGACGGUGGCGCUCUCAAGUGGGGAGUCGGAGUUCUACGCGAUGGGUUCGGGAACAGCCCGAGGUCUUACCAUCGAGCACGCGUUGCAGGAGAUGGCGCAGAUGAGGAACGAGGAGGUCAAGAUCACUCUGGAGUUGGAGACGGACUCAGCAGCGGCGAAAGGCAUGAUCCACAGACACGGAGUCGGACGAGUACGACAUCUACAGACUAGGUGGAUCUGGCAUCAAGAUCUGGUACGAGACGGAGACAUGGAGGUGGUGAAGGUCAAUACGAAGGACCAAGUGGCAGAUAUAGGAACGAAACCGAUGGACAAGGACACGCUCAGGAGACACAUGAAGACGCUGGGGUUGAUCUCAAUCAAGGCGACGAGUUUCAAGGACCCAGAAGUGCUCACGAAGGUUUUGGCGGUAAUGACGACCAUUUCGGGAGCAGAGGCGACAGGCGAUUGCUACUAUGAGGACGGUUUUAGAAUCAAUGUGAACAUGAAGAGCGAGUUUAACUGGUGGAGUUUCGUUACACACUUGGUGGUUACGAUUGUGGCAGUGGUUUUCAGUUACUACGUGUUCGUGGUGAAGGCGAAGCAGGACAGGGCAGAGGUGCAGUUCAAGAAGAUGAGGUAUGAGGUCAGUUGA